CUUUCUCGCUCGCUCGUUCCUCUCCGAACUUACAUUCAUUUUCCUUUUCAACGAUUUCCUUCAACUUUGGUGUUCUGCGAAAGACAUAGACUAAGUUGGUGCUGUUUUCUUUUAUUUUAUUGACCUUGUCUUUCUAUCUUUAUUCCUCCCCCCUCUCUCGUAUCUUUUCUGCAUUUAUACCCCCCCUCCAUCCCCGGUGAUUCAUCACCCACUAUGCCACCAAAUAACAAGAAAAAGAAGAAGCCCGCCUCUAACCCGGCGAGAGGGUUCGCAACAGUCUCGGUACCUUCGAAACCAAAACCAGUCGCCUCUACUGAAUCUACAGCUCCAACAACGGCUGCCGAAUCGAAAUCGGUUUCGGAGAGUGAUCGACCUACCCCCGCGGAGAACAGCCAACCUGCGCCCACUUCGCAAGACACCUCUUCGCUCCAGAAUUAUUCCCCCGAGGAACUAGAAAAGCACCUGGAGGAUGCGGAACUACAAAUUCUGGUGGAUAAAUACGCAGCGAAAUGCAAGAAUGACGCCGCCCGCCAAGUCAGCAAACUGGAAACCGAGCGAAGAGUUCUCCGUCAACAGGCCGUAUUAUUAAACCUUCUAGAGUGGCUCCCUAGGGAUUUACUGGACUCCAUACUAGGUCUUGCUGAGACGGAAGAGCGCGAACUUAGUCCCUUGCCGGGUCGCGAUCCGAAUGGCCUGAAAAAGGCCGGCUCGGAAGAAGAGCUAUACGGUAGAGUCUGGACCCUAAAGGAGACCCUGCUGAAACUUGGAUUCCCCGAGGAAAGAGUAGAGGAGGCCUUGAAGCACCUUUUGCUUUAUUUUGCCGGUAAUUUUACCUAUGCCAAUAGGGAUAUGGUGUGUAAUCUGGACGAGGCGUUGGACUGGCUCGCCAUGCAUUGCAAGCUGGAGGAACUACCGUCCUACUUACAGACAACCACGCAGCUGCGCAAAGAUGAAAAGGAUAUCUCUUGGAUAACCGAUCGUGAGCCAGCGCAAUCCCCGGUUCCCAAAGUAACUCAGGAUAAAAGCAAAGCCAAGCCGGCGAAAAGCGAAAUUAGGGAAUCAAUUCCCUCGAGUCCUUAUGACUCGGAUAGUUCUCUGGACCCUGAUACCCUGAUGCCCAAGUUUCUGGAUUUGCAAACUAAAUUAUAUGGCCUGCAGCCUGACCUCUUCGACAAACCCAGAAGGGGGAAGAAAUCAGGCCGAGAGACCACCGACUCUGACGGCGAAAACCCGCAAGUAAUAAGAUUGCAGCGUAAAAUUGCCAGCAUUGAAAAUGAUGUACUUUUCGACCGCGCAGAGGCUGAACAUCGGUGGAAAGAGAAGCUGGAAGACCUCCGAAAAGAGGCUGCCUUUUCCCGACAAAUGGAGCCCGAAAAGAAAACCGCUCCGAAUGCCAACGGAGAUAAAGACGAAAAGUCAGAGCAAGCCUCGCCUCCAAAAGAUGACAUGGACGAUGCUGCAGACCUUCUAGGUGACAUGUUUCAGGGUGAAGAACCAAUCCUGGAAGCUGGAGUGAUCACCGAAGAACUCAACAAAGCCGCUGUGACAAUGCGUGACUUUGGGAAAUGGACCGGCUUAAAUCCUCGCCGCGUGCUAGAAGAGACUUGCAGGGCAAGGUAA